AUGUUUAAAUACAACCAGGGCAGAGAUCGAUUCGUGCCCGAUCGACAUCGGAGCCCGUAUUCGUUUUGUUCUGUGCACCACAUCGCCGAAAAUCACCAAUACGAUUGUGUAUCCAACAACAGCUUCGAUGAACCCGGAAGUACCGAUUUCCUGGAGCCUUUCGAGUGCGAACGGCAGCAAGAGCAGCAACACCGAUCUUUCCGCCAACUUCAGUCGUACAUGUCGCUGGAUUCCAUUGGCGGACACCUGUUGCGGGACGUUAUGAACACGCGCAAACAUGGUACAGACGAGGCAGACCUAAUGACCAUAUACCGGGAAGCCAACAUGACGUGGCCCAUCCGGAUGGUCAGCCAGAGACGUUUGGCCCGGAAGUUCAAUCAUGCCACCAGCAAAUCACUGGUAGCAGAUCUGCUGUUGGACAUGCCGAAUCUGUCCAACGACUGGAUGACCAAGAUACUGGAUUGGAGUUCGACUGGCUACUUGACGGCGGCCAUUCAAUCGUCAAUACACUUGUGGUCGUGCCACACACAGAGCGUCCAGUACACGAUCGCCGCUGUGGACUCGCACGGCCCGACGCAGACCGAUGGCGGCCCGACGAAGACCACCGUCGGCUGUCUGAAAUGGGACGUGCAGGGCGAAAAACUGGGAUAUUCGUUCACUGUGGAUCGGGGUGAAGACUCGUCGUUCGAUUCAUCGGGUGAUUCGUGGGGUGACGGAGGUCUCGGCGACUCGUCGCUCUUAGAACGGAUAAACGCGUACGCGGCACGCGAUCGGCGAUUCUCAUCAGAGCAGGACGACCCGGACGCGACGUACAGAUCUCCGGCCAUAAAUGCGUCUGCAGAGGAUACGUACCAGUCAUCGCGGCGAAACAAUAACGCGACGAAGAGCACUGGACACAUAAAGGUUUGGUUAUUGAAUGCACCGAAUGACAAAUCAAAUAAUGAACAAAAAACAUCGAGUUGUGGUUGUGUAACUGAUGACACUUGCGAAUGGCUCUACGGAUGCAGAAUUAUUGUCAUGGAUUGGUUGGCCAACGGUCAUGUUUUAGUGACGGGUUGCACGAGGUCCACAGUGACAUUUUUCCGGUACGAUUUCGUCCAAAAGAAAUUGAUCACCACUCGCGUCAUACACAGGAUAGAAAAAUAUUCGGUAAUCAGCUGCCUUCACGUGUCGCAGGACAAAUGGAGUCGUCACUUGGCCGUGGCCACUCAUUCGCAACAGGCUUGCGUAUUGAAAGUUUGGCGCAUCGAAGACCCGCUGGAGUUGUGCCCACACUACGAUCAGCGUCUCGGUUCGAGUAUCAACGUGACCGAAACCUUGACCGACCGUUACGACAGUAAACAGAAUGGCCGCGCUAAAUGGCUGAUCAAGGCCUUCGCUUGGCACCCGUGGAAACACGCUCUGAUGUGUUACGCUGUCACAGCGGUCCCGCAGGACGGUGCGCAGAUGUACAUCAAUCGCAAGUGUCCGUCGUGGUUCGUGUUGGCGAACGCUUGCAAAGGACAAGUGUUGAAGCGCGUCGAACAGACCGCAAGCAACUGCUGUCCGACUGUGGACAUAAUGCACGUCAACACGCACUCGAUGACGUUCAGCCGACUGACCGGCGAACUUCUGUUGUCGGCCACGACCGUGUACAGUGUCAGAUACAAUGCAUAUUCCGCUCCCGUUUUAGUAGAAAAAAACAGCGUCGUGGUGAUGCACGCCCUGGAUCGAAUCGUCGAGACAUUGAGCAGUAGCCAUACGGAUAGAGGACUGUUUUUCGCAUGGAGUCCGGACGGAAAACGUAUAGCAUUGACGAGUUCCGACGAAUCGUUGAGAAUAUGGAACUUUUGGCCAAUCAGUAACGUCCAAAAAAAAUCGAAUAAUUGUCCGCCGCACGUUUACACCACAAAUGCAACUUCCUCGGUUACUUCGGCCCAUUUCACGGAGGAUGGAGACUUCAACAACAGCAAUUACAGACUUUUACACAAUCGGAGCUCUCAAAAUAGCCAAUCAGCGAUGUCCGAGCUAUCAUUUGAUGCGGCUCGUAUAAUAAAAUGA